UUGAUUGCUUGGAUUUUAUCUUCGGAGGGUUGGAAACUUGGUUUUAACUACUGCAUCAGCUUCCGAUUGCAGGGGCGUGAUGACUGGAGUAGUAGUGAUGCUGCUUUUGUAUUUCGACAGUGCCUGAUCUCCCGUUUGUACAUAUUUUUAAUUGAAGUUCCGUCCGCUGUUUUAUUUAAUAACCUCAUAAAAAUCGAUUCAGAAUCAAUUUCUUUUCUGGAUGGUGCCGUCAGAAAGUCUUUGUCCGGUUUUUCUCGUUGGGAUGCCGUUCACUUCUUACAUAUUGCUGAAUAUGGAUACACAUUUGAAAAUUCCUUGGCUUUUUUUCCUCUCUUCCCAUUUUCAAUUUAUUUCCUAACUAGGCUUUGGUGCUGGUUCACUCCAUUCUUGAGCUUUUCGACAGCUCUACUUACAACCGCAGUCUGCUUUAAUCUGGUUGCUUUUUUGACUGGUGGGCAGCUUUUAUAUAUUAUGCUGUUACGGCUGAGUGCAUCAAGGAAGACGGCAUUGAUAGGAUGUAUUGUAUUCUCGUUAAAUCCAUCGAGCAUAUUUUUUUCAGCUUCUUAUUCUGAAAGUUUGUUUUUUGCUUUAACGCUUGCGGGUAUGUUAAUGCUUUAUGAUGACUCGACUUCGUCGGCUAUACGAUAUUACAUAUCAGCGUGUUUAUUCGCACUUGCUUUUCUGACAAGGUCUAAUGGUUUACUUAACAUUGGUUACAUCGGCUUUCGUUUAUUACAAGACAUGAUGUAUUAUUCUGAUGGAGAGAAAUAUUUAUGGGAUGAAAGUAAAGCUGAUUUUGUUUCGAAAAGUCUGUCCUGGUAUUAUCCGUCUAAAAGCUAUUGCAGCUUGAGCAGGAGCUUUUUUAAUCCUCUGCCUGUAUUUUAUGCUCCAAUACAAAUGAAAUAUUGGAAUGUUGGAUUUCUCCAGUAUUGGCGGUGGAUCAAGCUUCCGUGCUUCUUGCUUGCCCUUCCUGCACUGAUCAUUGUCGCAGUGUUACGUGUUUUACGAGAUCGUUACACUGUACUUCCGUUCCUUCUUCACGCUCUUUUUCUCUCUCUGUCAGGCUUCUUUGUAUACAACGUGGAAGUUACAACGAGGAUACUCUUCUCAUCCUCACCAUUUAUGUAUUUGAUACUUGCAAAGUUCAUGGAUCUAAAGACGCCAAAUAUUACCACAGAUGAAACAAAGCUUCCAAAGGGUUUACCGUUUUUGAUCACUUUUCGUAAAAUGGGACUACUGAAUCGACUUUUAUUAUGCUACCUGCUCGGUUACUUUCUUAUUGGUUCUGCCCUUCACAUCAACUGGUUGCCGUUUGUGUGA